UUUGGCGGGGCGGGGCCGGGCUUCUCGCACCUGUCGGUUCUGUCCUGGGAUCCCACGCAGCGCCACCAGCGGGAGCGGCAGUCGCAGCCCUGGAGCAGCGCCCGGAGCGCGGCCGGAGCGUCGUAGGCUCGCGAUCACCAUGGCGGAGUUCCCGUCGAAAGUGAGCACGAGGACCAGCAGCCCCGCACAGGGCGUGGGAGCGUCUGUGUCUGCGCUGCGACCGGACCUGGGCUUCGUGCGCUCCGCCCUCGGGGUGCUCGCGCUUCUGCAGCUGGUUCUGGGGCUGCUGGUGUGGGCCCUGAUUGCUGACACCCCAUACCAUCUGUAUCCUGCCUAUGGCUGGGUCAUGUUUGUUGCUGUCUUCCUCUGGCUGGUGACAAUCGUCUUCUUCAUCAUCUACCUGUUUCAAUUGCACGUGAAGUUGUACAUGGUGCCCUGGCCGCUGGUGUUACUGAUUUUUUUUGUCACUGCCACGGUUCUCUACAUUACCGCCUUUAUCGCCUGUGCAUCAGCGGUCGAUCUGACAUCCCUGAGGGGCUCCCGGCCGUAUAACCAGCGCUCAGCUGCCUCUUUCUUUGCCUGUCUGGUGAUGAUUGCCUACGGAGUGAGUGCUUUCUUCAGCUUCCAGGCCUGGCGAGGAGUGGGCAGCAACGCGGCCACAAGUCAGAUGGCUGGGGGCUACUCUUAAGCCAGCUAUGCUGUGGCCUAAGCCACAGCUGGGUCUUAGCACAGGGUCAGCCCCCAACCUUACUGGACUCAAGCUCUCCAGCACUCCUGAGGAACAGGCGCAAGCUGGCACAGAUGGGCUGCCAAGUGCCAGGAGUGGGGACAUCAUCCCCACCUUUUUUAUUCAACAGGUGAUGGGGUGGGGGUGCUCUUAUGGCUCUGCCUUGUCAUCAGAGAACUUCAGUACCCCAGGCUGGGCCACCCUGCUCACCAGCACUAAAAGCACUAACAGACCUUCAGCCUCUGACCUGCCAUAGUCUAAACCUAACAAAACAACAGAUUAUCUAUGUUCCAGAAGCUAAGCAAGCCCCCAGGCUCUUCUGGUCCCAUCUUCCCCUCCCCUACCCCAAGCCAACCUGUCACCUGUAGAGAGCCUUUUUUAGGAAGAGUUGGGAUUUCAAGGACUGAACUAUUUCAGUUGGUUUCAACAGUUUCCAAUGGCGGCAAGUCUCGCUAAGUCCCUUCCGUCGCGUGGGACUCUCCCUUUGGGAAAGUGCAGGGUGCUUCCCCCAGGCUGCUGAUUAGGCACAGGGGACUUCGAAGGAGGGAAAGAAGGAAGCAGGGCCUUGCCUGGUGAGUUGUCAUGGGGUUAAUGGUGACUCUUGUUUGGAAUUAUUUUUUACAAUUUAAAUAAAAAUGGAAGCGUCUGUUUGGAAA